UUGGCCUCAUUAGCCACCUCAGAAUCCACAAAACCAGAGUGGAGUGAGUAAUUCUUGAUCCUUGAGGUGGUAUGCUCCUCCCACCACUUACUUUCCCAAUGCACUGCCUUGAGUUGCUCAAUUCCAUCCCGAAUGCUCCUUCUCCACUUUGAGCAGUCGUGGGGAUGUUGCACUUAAAGGAAGCUUUGAACAUGUCCUUGAAUCUUUUUCUCUGUCUGGCAAUUUCAGAACAGUGCAUCUCUUUCGGAAGUUUGCUGUUGGGAAUGUAAACAACGUGACCUGCCAAUGUAGCUGACAGAAUCCCAAGACAAAAGCUGAGAUUGAGAAGCUCCAGUAUGAUGGGAAGAAGAAGGAGCUGCGGGAUCGCCUGUGUUAUAGAAUGACAUUCGGUACUGCAGGGCUCCGAUCGGCUAUGGGUGCAGGUUUUUCCUGCAUCAAUGAUCUGACAAUCAUACAGUCCACUCAGGGUUUAUUGAAAUACCUUGAGAAGUGCUUCUCAGACCUUAAACAGAGGGGUGUUGUGAUUGGAUAUGAUACUCGAGGUCAAGAGACUAGCAGGUGCAGCAGUAUGAGACUUGCUCAAUUGACAGCUGCAGUGUUCCUUAGCAAGGAUGUACCUGUGUAUUUGUUUUCUACAUAUGUGCCAACACCAUUCGUGCCCUAUGCUGUUAGGCAGCUUCAUGUUGCAGCUGGUGUGAUGAUUACUGCAUCACAUAAUCCCAAACAAGACAAUGGAUAUAAGGUUUAUUGGGAAAAUGGAGCUCAGAUUGGUGCUCCUCAUGAUAAGAAAAUCCUACAGUGUAUUGAAGAAUACUUGGAGCCUUGGCAGGAGUCAUGGAACGAGAGCUUGUCUAAUGUCAGCCCAUUGCGGCAGGACCCCCUGAAUGAAAUUUCUGCACUUUACAUGGAGGAUCUGAAAAAGCUGUGUUUUCACAGAGAACUUAACAGAAAGACACCACUCAAGUUUGUGCACACUUCCUUUCAUGGUGUUGGGCAUGAGUACGUACAAGCAGCUUUCAAGGCAUUUGGCUUUGCUCCACCCAUACCUGUUCCGGAACAGAAGGAUCCAGAUCCUGAGUUUUCAACUGUCAAAUGCCCCAAUCCAGAGGAGGGAGAAUGUGUGCUGGUUCUUGCGAUCAAGCUAGCUGAGAAAGAAGGGGCUCGGGUUGUAUUGGCUACAGAUCCUGAUGCAGACAGACUGGCUGUUGCGGAAGAGCAAGAGGAUGGCACAUGGAAGGUGUUCUCUGGCAACGAGCUGGGAGCCCUCCUCGGGUGGUGGAUGUUUAACUGUUGGAGGAGUGAGCAUCCUGAUCCGACUGAUGUGAAGAACGUGUAUAUGCUGGCCACCACAGUCUCCUCCAAAAUCCUCCAGGCCCUUGCAAUUAAUGAAGGCUUUCACUUUGAGGAAACUUUGCCGGGGUUUAAGUGGAUUGGAAACCGAAUUGAUGAGCUGCUGCAAAGUGGGAAAGAGGUGCUGUUUGCAUUUGAAGAAUCCAUUGGGUUCAUGUGUGGCACCCUGAUGUUUGAUAAGGAUGGGGUGAGUGCAGCUGUAGUGGUGGCAGAAAUGGCAGCGUAUCUGGAAAGCAGGAGCCUCACCAUAGUCGAGCAGUUGAAUAAUAUUUACAGAACGUAUGGUUAUCACAUCUCAAGGACAUCCUACUUUAAAUGCUACGACCCUGCGACAAUUAGGAGAAUUUUUGAUCGACUUCGGAACUAUGAAACAGAAAAUCAAUAUCCCUGUCUCUGUGGCCCAUUUGAAAUUUUGCAUGUAAGGGAUGUAACCACAGGAUUUGAUAGCAGCCAGCCAAAUAAAAAGUCGGUGCUGCCAGUGAGUAAAAGCAGCCAGAUGAUCACCUUCACCUUCCUGAAUGGAUGUGUGGCCACGCUCCGGGUCAGCGGCACAGAGCCAAAGAUCAAAUACUACGCUGAGUUCUGUGCACCCCCGGGACACAGUGACACAGCCUACCUGGAAGAAGAGCUCAACAAAUUGAUUGAUGCAUUGGUCAAAAACUUCCUCGAGCCAGAGAAGAACGGGUUGAUCGCACGCAUUUAAGAUGCACCUGUAAUAAUGAGAGUGUGUCUGGUGUUGGAGUGAGAGAGAGCAAGCGUGGGAAAUGCCACCAAAGCUGUUUGCACUGUUGAGGGUGAUGCACUGCUGGUGCCGCCUGCUUGACAACUCUACUCUUGACAACUCUUCAGUGAAUUAAUAGUCCUGAUGUGUUGCUGGAAAAGAAGCCAGCUUGGAACCAGAGAAGGUGUCUGGCCCGUUUGCUAGGAAGUUCUCGUCAUUCUCCGUCAACAGUCUCUUCUACCUGGUGGUGUACAUUCGUUCAGUUGCAUUUGUCUUAAUAUAAACAUCACCAUAAAUAGAAUCUGGUCCCACUAAUGCCCAAAGCGCAGGCUAUUACCAUCAGUGUUGUGGGGGCUCUGUCAGCAAGUGCCAGGGAUGUGCCCAGUGUUCCAGCAUGGCUUGAGAGGGCUCUACAGAUAUGCGGACUAGCCAGCUGCCAAGCAAUCAAAGUUGCUCAGUGAUGCUUUUCUGUAUACUCUGUACAGGGAGACGGUUUAAAACAAGUGUUUGGCAUCUCCUCCCUCUCUGCUUAAAAUUUCACUGCUCCUUAUAUGAAUUUGCACAAAUAUUUCACCCCUUGAUCUAAAAGCUAUAGGCAUAUUUGUAAAAGAAUUAUUUACUAUCCCAUUUGCCAGUUCUAGUGUUUUUUUUAGCAAAAGUGAACAGGAGCAGUAGCUGCAAAUGUCACUGAGAAAUAAUUGAGCAGUCCUUCUGUCUGGGGAGGUCAGUGGCCCCUGACUACUAGUGCCCCACUGGUGUCUCUGCAAAGCAGAACACUUCACCUUGGCUGCCACAAACCAUCUUCAGUGCAAGGUGAGUGCCAUUGGUGAUGCCCCAAGGCUUCUGACCCUUCAUCCAGUCAGAGUGACAUGUGCACGACUGCCCGUCUCUCCCAUGGACAUAUCCUGCCAUACAGGCUGGUGUUGGAUCAGUAAACGCCUCCUAACCGGGCUUCACAUAUUACAAUUACUGGGUAUGCCCUGUAAUAAAUAAAAAUAUGUUGCAGUGUAUACAGCAGUGUUGAGAGAGGGAGCCAUUGUUUGUGGACAGCCGUUUUCUGUGGCUGUCCCUUGCUAUGAAAUUGCAUGUAUGUGUCCUUGUGAGAGGAUGUAUUGUGCCUGGGUUAGUGUUUACCUGUCGCUGUGUGUGUGGGAGUGCAUGUAUCUGUGUGAUGAUGUGUGUUGUACACUCAGUAUUACUGCAGACAGGAGUAACUGCUGCAGAGGAUGUUCUCGUAGAGUACCAGGGAAGAUUCUGGUCCCGUGUUGUCUCCCUUUGAACAUUUUAGGCUGAAGCAUUUUGCCAAAGGCUUAAGAGAAUAUAGUUAGUGUAUUUAUUUUAAUUCUUUAUGUGUGCAUUUGGAUAAACUAGACGUCUUAUUUUGCACUUGAAAGCUUUUAUUUUAGUAUUUGCAAAACUGAGAUUUGAUUAUUUUGAUCUUUAAUUUUGUAAACUAUAUUCUCCUUUAUUUGUAAAGCCAACAGCAUUGCAGCACCCUGAGCAAAGCCCAUGUACCUGAGGGACAUGGCCCAUGGCUGAGGCUGGUAGUCUGUGCUGUGUGAACUGACUGCAGGCAGAUUAGCUGCAGCAGUUCAUCUGAUGAAAGUUCUUUUGUUUCUUCCCAGAUGCUGACUGACCUGUGAGCAUUUCCAGCACUUUUUGUUUAUAUUCCAGAUUUUGCAGCAUCCACAAUAUUGUUUUUUAUUUCUACAAUUGCUUUUCUGCUCAUGGUUAAGAAGGGAAAGGUUACCUUGAAUACUUCCAAGUAAUUUCUAACUGGAAGCAUUCAAGCAUCAGCUGUGAUGCACGCUGUGGUUGCUAAGCUGCUGACAUUGGUUGUCUCUCUUCUGCCACAGAUGUGGUACGGUGGGUGUGGUACCAGCGGAAGAACUGGUACUUCAGGAGGACGGAGGCUGGGGAAAGACCAAGGGAGUGGGGAUAAUUGGAGACCUCUCUCGAGGAAAAGCCGUAAACCUCUCGAUAUGUAGAAUGCUCGUGAGAGUUGUUACCUGGAGACCAGCUCCUCAGAGCUCCCGUAGCAAAGCCAAAGAAAUUGCUCCUCAACACCACAUCAUUUCAAAAUGACACCUUCCAGACCAGCGUGUUUUGCCAAUUUCCCUAAAAAGGCCUUACCGAGGCUGUGUGUGUCCCAGAAAUGUGGCCCUCCGGCAGCACCCGCAGGUUUGUUUCAUUGCUGGAGGAACUCGGGAGGUCAGGCAGCAUCUGUGGAGGGAAAUGGACAGUCAACAGUUGAAGGGUUGAGCAGGUGAAGGGUCUUCACCCAAAAUGUCGACUGUCCAUCUCCCUCCACAGAUGCUGACUGACCUGCUGAGCUCCUCCAGCAGCUCAUUUUUUGCUUAUAACCCCACAUCCAAUCACUUGAACCAGGGUAAUGUUUAAAUUGCCUUAUCCUGACGACCCCCCUCUGGUGCGGUAGUCCUGCCCAAUAUCAAAUUUCCCAUCGCUCCAAUCGUUAUUCUUCUUACAAGAGCCUCACUAACAGUAACAUCCAAGUAUCUAUCGUUCACUGUACCUCUUCUAAAACAUUUCAGACUCUCGUAUCUAGUGAUGGCAUCUUCCAGGUUAACACACACACACAUUCAACCAGGAGGAGAAGCAGGUCAUUGCUUGCCUCUAGAAAUCCUUGUGAUAAGGAUUUGCACCUCCGGUUUGAGCACCCCUAGUCCUACAUCACAUGUCCUUGAGCAUAAAAUUCCAUUCUGAACACAGCUUAGUGAUUAUAAAACAGAAUUCAUAAUUGUUGAUUUUCUGAUUUUAUGCUAGCCAUUGCAAAAUACUUUAUUAAAUUAUUUUGCAAUGGCUAGCAUAAAAUCAGAAAACAAAAGCAAGGAACUACAAACACUAUAAAAAUCUCAAGCUUCUGAAUGGGCCCAGCCUUUGACUCAGGGUCCAGCUCCCUGACUUCUCACACCAACUGCCCACAGACCUGAUCCCAGGUCUACCCAGGCACCCAAAUAUUCUUCAAAAGAAAUGGGGCAAUAAAUUCUAAUUCAAUACUAUUAAUUUUCCAAUUCUUGACAUCAUUAAAAAUGUCUUAUUUUUUAAUUUAAUUUAAAAUCCCAUUGUUUUCUCAGCAUCAAUUUCUACUCCAUUUUUAAGACAACAUUUCUAAGAUUUGUAGACGUACCUUGCGAGAAUCACUCACAAGGUCUGUGUCAACAGGAAAAGGUAAAGCUUUACUGUGUCGUUCUGUGAAACAGGAGAGGAGGGAAACUUGACUGUAUUUUGCCACCUCGAGCCUUCCCAGGUCUGUGGAUUGAAAUUACGGAGAGUUUUCAUUCAAGUUUGAUUUUUUUUCUCCAAUUGUAAUUUUCUGGCAGUUUAAUUUGACUGAUUAUUAAACAUACAGAUUCUCAGUACAGUUGCCCACAAGCAGAUGUGAGUAAGCAGCCUUUCCCAAGAUGCUGUGAUGAAGUUAUUCACAAGAACAAGGAGUUAGGCUGCCAGUGUUCAAAAUUUUUUUUAUACUUAAACAUAUUUUCAAAGUAAUUUAUUUGAGAAUUUUAGGUGAGGGAGAAGCAAUAAUAUUGAAGUACGUGGAAGGUCUUGCACUAUGUGAAAUGCUGCUUAACUCUUCUGUUCUUUGUUGUGAAAGGUGUUCGAUGUUCCUGCCUAAAGGUAUUUGUCCUCUUUAUUAACCACACCUGCUGGAAAUUGCUUCAGUAGACCUGGGGAAAGUCCAGGUUGUUGGCUUGAAUGUACGUAUAUUAGAAAAGACAAAUACUUGUUUUCUAGACUGUGUAGAUCCUGUUUACCUUGUACCCUUGUGGCUGAGAGUUUGUGCUGUGCCAGUGUUGGAAAGUGAAUCAUUUCAAGUUACUGUUUCGCAAUGCCUAUAUUUUGAGCCUAGACUGCCGAGUGAAUUUGGAACGAUGCAUCAGUUAAGCCAUCUAUUUCAGACAACAGAGGCUGCUGAUUCAAGGGACUGCAGUCACAAGCUAACUUUUACCUUUCAAGUCUGCAGCCACUACUAACAGGUUCUAAAUAUCAACUGCUGUUAAGUCAGAGCCCUUUGUAUGGGUUUUGAGCUAGAUCUGCUGUUUUGUUUCCAUCUGUUGGUGAAAUGGGUGGAAGCUUUCACACCUUCAUAGCUGGGGCUGAGACUUGCCUUUGGAGAUCGAAGGAAGCACCGUCUUGCAACCUACAGCAACCAACCAUGGUGCAUUACACCAGUGGCACAAGGUCCACCUAAACUCUGGCUGUAUUGACUGUGUGGAUCCAGCCCAAGAGUGCACGAGUCCUGUCCUGGUGCUGUGGAAGUGAACAUGCUGAUGAUGCAGAUUGAAAAUGCUUUAUGUGCACUAUUUUGUUUGGAAGAGUUGGACAGUUUUGUCUCUCUGGGUUAUUUUUGACCUUUCUGUAAUGGUAUUGUUACCUCAUUGCCUUUUUUUUUAUCGGAAAUGAUAUGAUUAUAUUUCCCUCUUGCCUCCAGUUGCUGCUUCACUGCUGAUAGUUCAAGAGUUGCUCAAGAACUUGGGGCUGAUGGUAUAUUCAACAAUGUCCAUUUAUGUUUUAAUUUAACUGUGUACUUUUGCAUUCACAACAAUAUUUGUAUAGAACCUGAAAUAUGGAAAGAGUUUGCAGUGUGUCUGUGGUGAAUAAAGCCCACAGCUCUUCAGUAAGUGCUUCAGUUUUCUCUGCACUCGGAGCUACAACUGACCACUUCCACACUUCCUUUUUCUGCCUUCAAUUUCACCCAGGAUCUAUAGAGUUCCUGCACAAUCUCAUUCUUACCCAGCCUUUCCCUCCUUCACGUUCAUUCUCCAAUCCCACAGAUUUUUGAUCUUGCUGCUUUCUAUUUCCUUUGGACAUUGGCAGUGUGUUUAAUCAUUCAGUGGAUUGUAAAAUCUGUAUUACCUUUUGAAAUAGUUCUUCUAAUCCCAAGGAAGGGAGCAGUUACUUAAUAGGUUUGCACUUCUUG